GGCGGAGGUGGGUAGCCCAGACCCGGAGAGACUGAGAAGCAGCCGGAUCCGGAGCCGAGGCCGAGCGGAUCGACCCAGUUGCAGGUUCGGAUCUUUGGGUACUCCAGGACCUGCUCUCCAGCCCCUGCUUCUGGACCCAUGGAUUCUCCAUCUAGUGUUUCUUCUUAUUCCUCCUCCUCUCUUUCUCCCUCUUUUUCCACCUCCCCAGUGAACGGUGAUUUUGGCUUCCCCUCCGAUAGUGAGAGGGAGAACAAGGGGUCCCAAGGGCCCAGGCCAGACACUGUUGGGCAGAGGGGAUGUUUCCGGCCUAGCCCGGGUCCUAUCCGCUGUAGGCAUCGUUGCAAGGUUUCCAGUAACCAACAUACAGCAUCUCAUCUGGAACAGCGGGGCUUGACUUCUCCUAUGGCAGAAUCUGGGAUCAAAAGAUCAAGAGAUGGUGAAUUGGAAACCAGUGUAAACAUCCAGGGUUGUACCACAGAGGGAGACCUGCUCUUUGCUCAGAAGUGUAAAGAGCUCCAAGGAUUCAUUCGCCCCCUCACAGAUCUACUGAAUGGGCUGAAGAUGGGUCGUUUUGAGAGAGGAUUGAGCAGUUUCCAGCAGAGUGUGGCAAUGGACAGGAUCCAGCGCAUUGUAGGUGUUUUGCAGAAGCCUCAGAUGGGGGAGCGUUAUCUAGGAACCCUGCUACAAGUAGAAGGGAUGUUGAAGACUUGGUUUCCUCAUAUAGCUGCCCAGAAGUCAUCACUGGGUGGUAGCAGGCACCAGAUGGCCAAGCAUUUUCCAAGCCACCACAGUAAUGAAACUACUUCCUCUUCUGCUCCUCCUCUGGAAAAGAUGGGCCCGACACAGCUAGGACAUUUAGUUUUUAAACCAAAGCAGCCUUGGCACCUCACAGAAUGGCCAGCUAUGAACCUCACCUGGAUCCACACCACCCCUAUUUGCAACCCCCCUCUAAGUUCCCCAGGUACCGUGUCUUUUAGCCAUGAUCCUGUAGGCACUGGGACCAGCAUUGGUGUCAUCCUUUUCGUCCAGCAUGGAGUGCAGUCCUUCACCCACUCUGCUCCUGCCACUCCAGUUCCAUCCACUACAGCAUCUACUGGUGAUCUGAAGAGACUAUCUGGAGAGGGACCUCGCUGUCACAGUUUGCCAGUAACUCUGCCAUCAGACGGGGACUGCACUGUGUCCUCUGCUGGUCUACCCACCAUGGCCAGUGAGAUGCACAAAGGACACCCAGAGGAGCAGCUGAAAAGCUGCCCUCCAGUUGUUUCUGAUGCCUGUCUCCUCAACCCCUAACCCACCCAUGCAUUUGUCCUCUGUGAUCCCCAAUUUGUGUAAAUAUAUGUACAUAUAUAGAGAUUUUUUACUUUUAAUGUGUGUGUUUGUGUUUAGAGGAGAUAAAUCCUUUCUGAUUAAAUAAAUUAUUUACCUAAA